AUGAUUGACGAAUCGAAUUCAAUCGAACAAAAUUAUGUCACUCAGCCUUGUUUCCCCUUCGAUUUAAUUUGUCGUCCUGCUCUUCACCAUACUCACCAUGAAUUGAAAGCUCAAAAUCGCAUUACCCCAUCCGCUCAUCACUUCCAACCUUCUCAACUUCGUCUUUCUUCUCCAUUCGACCUUUCUCUCAUUUCACGCCAUCCUCAAAAAUUGGGCUUACGUCGAAUGAAAAAGAGCCACAAUCUUGCUGGUCUUGCAAGAGCAGAAAUCAAGUCUUACCGUGAGAUUGCCAUGAAAAAUGAUACCGAUCCCGAUUUUCCGAAAUUCGCAGAGUUUCCAAAAGAAAUUCGUCUCAAAAUUUGGGAAGAAUAUGCCAAUAAUUUAACACCAAGAGAUGUACCUGUUUGGCGUCUUAGGAAUCCAUUUGUUCAUUCGUCCACCAGUUGUUACAUCAAUAUCUAUGAUCAUAUCAGCAAAAGUCUUCAAUUGAUUCCUCUCAGUAGUGGAUCGGUACGUCAUUAUGAUUUCAAAUGGGUUUGCCCACAACCAGAUAUUCUCUACAUUAACUCUGAAGCACGUAAAGUUGGGUUGAGUAUCUACACCCAAGAGAGUUUGAAUGGUACCUUUUGCUCCAAGAUGAAUUGGGAACUGGGUUCGGAAACUGGUCCAGCAACUAUCUAUCGUCAUAUCAACGGAAUGGAUCGUAUCAUGCCAAUGUAUGAUUUUUCCAAUGGACACGAAACCUUUUGGAUCGAACAUGAACAUCAACUCGAAGGAAGGAUUGCGCUCAAUGCUUUUCUCUAUGAUUUAGAUCCUAAUCAACCAGUUCUUUCCAGUGAUACUAUGUUGAUGUUGAUGAAGAGUUCUUCAACAGCUCGGGAAAGACGUGAACUUUAUGUUAAGGAAGUCGCAAAAGCUUGGUCAGCAGUUAUACCAUCAACAGCUAUAUCACCUCCUACUAGGACACUUGGUCAUUUCCAUCCGUUCAAUAUUAAGGAGAUUACAAUUUACUAUCGCACUGAAAGUCUCAUUGGAGUUAAAGAAUUCAAAUGGACCAACAUCUCCGAAAACCAUCUCCACGACUACGAAGGAUACCAAGAAAUGCUCAACAUGAAGCGCGCCAUCAAAACCGCAUAUCAAUACUGGGAGUUACAACGUUAUCGCACUUGGGUACAUUACACUGGUCAUAUGGAUCCUCAAACCACAGCUGAAUUGUUGGAGGAUCUCAAUACGCCAGAGUUUAAGAAACAAGUUGGAAAGAUGAGUUGUUUGUUGUUGUCAAUGACGAGAGAUAAUCCGGGAUUGCAGGAAAAGUAUAAGUCGAGAAUGGAAUAUAAGAUGGCGAAUCCGAGGAGAAGUUGGAAUGAGAGAAUGGAGAAGAUGUGGGAGGAGAGGGUACCGGUUUUGCCUAGGAUUCAGUUUGCGGUUUGUAGGAGGAAGGAGGGGGGGUUGAAGGGAGUGGUUAGACCGCCGGGGUUUAAGUUGUAG